AGAUCUGCGCCUCCAGUGUGAACAGGACACAGGUACUGGCAGUACAGUUGGUUCACUAACAACUAACGUUGAUGCCUUUCUUGAGUAGUGUCACAAAAACACACACAGCUUACGUGCAGCUAGUUUGUGUGUGCCAUCAUAUGAGCCUUACGUUUGUCUCUGUUUCCAGAUCCCGGUGGUUUGUGGCAAACACGGAAAGAGGCAAUGGCAAAUACUAGCGUACGGCGUCGUCAGCUUCUUUCGUCUGUUCUUUUGUUACAAUGGCUGACAACAGUAUUAGGUGUUGCUUGGGGUCCCAAUCCCAUUGACGGGUCAAAACAUGGGCAAUUUCCUUCUUUACGGAGAACAGAGGGCGUCAGUCAGAGCGGCAGCGGCCACAGAGGGAGUGUGUACCGCAUUCCCCUUGCAGAUAUGACUUUCUGGUCGUGGAUGUCUUACCUGAAGGAACUACCGGACAUUGACGAGAGCAGGAAUCCCAUUUUGAAGCGCCUGCUGAGUGGAAGUUUCCUGCGCCGGGAUGGGUCUACAACUGUCAACGUCCGCGUGCCCGCCAGAGAGUUAGUGAGGUUACUUUCGCUAACACCAGAACAACAAAGAGAGGGUGUCAGCGCGAAAGUCCGGCUAAUCAAUUUACUUGACCCGAAGUAUUCGGUGUACGAACCAUACUUGUACAGAGAAAUCCUUCCAAAAAGAAGCCCCCUACUCCUGCCAUCGCUUGGCGAGUACAGAGGGGCAUUCUUAACUUACAUAUUUCAUCCUUUAUCCAAAGGUUUGGUCGGAGAUAUGCUGGAGACGGGCCGCUCUCACCCCGAUGUGCAAGUCUUAGCGGCGAACAUGGUCGCUGCCUUGAAGUCACUGCACAACUUGGGUUUGCUUCACCGAAGCAUUGAGCUGAACAGUUUCAGUGUGUUACCGGACGGAACGGUGGUCCUCGGUGGUUUAGAUACGGCGGCGCCAAUAGGGACAGAAACAAGAUUGUGGGUGGGAUUCUUUGGGCAGGAAACGGCCCCUGAAAUUGAUAGGAACUUUCUGGCGGAUUUAGCUCUCACGCAAGGCCGCCACACGGUGAAGAGUGAUGUGUACUCACUUGGUGUCGCAUUUCGCAACCUUGUGCAACUGCUCGGGAACGGUAAUCUUGGACCGGAGGACCGCGGUGCGGUUCGGCAGGACCACCUGGAACUGUUGGAUAAGCUAAGCCAGAAAAUGAUAGAAGAAGAACCAGGUAACCGGCCAACCAUUGAGGAAAUCAUGAAGGAUCCGCUUUUUGAGGGACUGAACUUCGAAGACAUCGAGGAAGGGAAAGCGAGGCCGUUUAGGUACAAGCAGAACCGUCUGUGAUGGGUUUCGGAAGGUGGCAGAGAAAAGCGCGGCGUGUGUUUUUUCGGGGGUGAGAGCAUAGGUUGGGGCGAGAGCACAUGUUCUUGCUUCCGGAUGCGAGCUUGUGGCAGCGAAGAAGGAAAAGUAAGAGGCAGCAACGAGCCCAUUGAGUUUUCCGUGAGGUGUCUCCGAAGGGCCAAGCAAAGCAGGGUUGCACAAAUGCACCCAGCAGUUUUUUCGGAACUACCAUCCAUGUGACGAAGAAGUAAUGAGCCAUUGUUUUUUCAUUGGGGGAACCGGAGGUGAAAUCGUUGAUGUCGCAUCAUGCUUGGUAUCCCCAGUAUCACGGAGUAGAAUGUAAUUCACGCCUGUUAACUUGCUGUUUGAACGCUGGCGUAUGCGCGAGAGUCCAGGUGACAACGCGGUGUUCAGAAUUAGGCUGCACGGGAUGACCACGUAAAUUUAUGAGCCCUUCAGCGCAUGUGUUUGCAUCUAUGCUGGUACAAUCGUAGUAGUGCGAGGAGUGACGCGAGACUGCAUAAGCCAGCUUGACCAUCUCAGUCAUUGAAACUGUCCAAUUAUCGAUGCCACUUGCGAACACCUUGAUCAGCUGACUCUCCCACGUUACGCAUCUGAGGCAGUUUAAGCUUAACAGUGUCUCGCGAAAAACAAGUAUGGACUUCGGUAUGCCGUAUGAGGCGCUCGCGGUCCAGCAGAGCUC